UGACUCUGAAUGAUAAAGCCUUACCUGUGAGCAAAGUGCCAGAGUCCUCCAUCCAUUCUGAGGGACACAGGCAACAGCACAGAGCAUCAUGAGUGUGGAAAAGAAGACGGCACGAGAGCCAUGCUGCUCCAAAUUAAAGAUGUUUUUGGCUGCCAUGUGUUUUGUGUACUUUGCCAAAGCAUUUCAGGGCAGCUACAUGAAGAGCUCUAUCACACAGAUUGAGAGACGUUUUGACAUUCCCAGCUCACUGAUUGGAUUUAUUGAUGGAAGUUUUGAAAUUGGUAAUCUGUUUGUAAUAGCUUUUGUGAGUUACUUUGGUGCUAAGCUUCAUAGACCACGACUCAUAGGAGCUGGAUGUUUCAUUAUGGCCAUGGGAUCCUUCAUAACUGCGGCACCACAUUUCUUCCAAGGACUGUACAAAUACGAGACAACAGUGUCACAUUUCUCUGGCUCUAAUGGUACAGAGAGUAUUCUACCAUGUUUAACCAAUGGGAGUCUUGCACAAGAUGAAAUUCCCACUGUGGAAAUUCAAGCAGAAUGUGAGAAAGCAGCCAGUUCCUCCUUGUGGCUCUAUGUGUUUCUCGGGAACAUGCUUCGUGGGGUAGGAGAGACACCCGUCAUGCCUCUUGGGUUGUCUUAUCUGGAUGAUUUUUCAAGGGAGGAAAACACUGCUGUUUAUAUGGCUCUCAUACAGACUGUGGGAAUAAUGGGGCCCAUGUUUGGAUUCAUGUUAGGAUCUUUCUGUGCCAAGCUCUACGUAGACAUAGGAGCAGUGAACUUAGAUACCAUUACCAUCAACCACAAAGACUCACGUUGGGUUGGUGCCUGGUGGCUGGGCUUUUUGUUAACUGGUGGAGUGAUGUUACUGGCUGGAAUUCCAUUUUGGUUCCUUCCCAAGUCUCUUCCUAAGCAGGGUGAGACUGAAACUGAGAAAGAAUCAAAUGAGGGCGAGCAGGACCGUUUCAUUCCCGACAAACCAGCUCCAGUUUCCAUGGCAGCUCUGGCUAAAGAUUUUCUGCCAUCACUGAAAAUACUCUUCAGCAACACGAUUUACCUGCUCCUUGUAUGCACUGCAUUUGUGCAAAUCAGUGGUUUUAUAGGAAUGAUAACAUUUAAGCCAAAAUUUAUGGAGCAAAUUUAUGGCCAGUCAGCAUCGAGGGCCAUAUUUUUGAUAGGCAUUAUGAAUCUACCAGCUGUGGCUUUGGGAAUUGUCACCGGUGGGUUUAUAAUGAAGAAGUUCAAACUGAAUGUUCUCGGAGCAACCAAGAUCUGCAUUGGAACAUCUCUUCUGGCUUUCUCUACACUGCUUAUUCAGUAUUUCCUGCAGUGUGACAACACACAAGUGCCUGGACUUACAGUGUCAUAUCAAGGGGUUCCACAGGUGUCCUAUCAGCAGAAUACACUAAUUUCUCUGUGUAACAUGGGUUGCUCCUGCUCUCUCAAACACUGGGAUCCCAUAUGUGCCAGCAAUGGCUUGACCUAUGCCUCCCCCUGCCUUGCUGGCUGCCAAAGCUUCACUGGUGAUGGCAAGGAUAUGGUAUUCCACAACUGCACCUGUAUUGGAGAUUCGCCUUUCCCAUAUGCAAACAUGUCAGCAGUGCUGGGCCAGUGCUCUCGCAAGAGUGAUUGUGACUACAUGUUUAAGUUCUACAUGGCGGUGACAGUCAUUGGUGCCUUUCUCUCGGCUUGUGGGGCCACACCAGGUUACAUUAUUCUGCUCAGAUCCAUAAAUCCAGAACUAAAGUCUUUGGCUCUUGGUAUUUACACUUUGAUUGUUCGGACUCUGGGUGGCAUUCCCCCUCCAGUUUAUUUCGGAGCCUUGAUUGACAGGGCCUGUCUGAAAUGGGGUUCAAAACAAUGCGGAGGGAGAGGAGCGUGUCGUAUCUAUGAUUCUGGUGCCUUCAGAAACGCUUUCUUGGGUCUUAUUUAUGGCCUGUAUUCCUUAUCGUACAUAUUGUGGGGAGUCGUGUACAUUAGACUGUCUCAUCGCGAAAAGAAGCUUGCACUAAAGAACCAAUUAAAAGCUCCAGAACAGGAUGACAAUGGUGUUUCUGCUGGCAAUGGGAAUACAUCUUCAGCUACUGUAAAAUGCAGCGAAAACCCAGACCAGGAGACCACUAUCUGAAGUUAUGCUUCCAAAGACAAAUGUGUGUAUUGCACCAAAAAGUGUUAAAGGAGAUUUCCAUAUCCAUGUAAAAUGUAAAGGUUUUGGCCAUGAAACUGUGAUAAUUUGUACAUUUAUUGAUUACAU